AUGCAGUUCGCGAAGACCAUCCUCCUCAUCGCCGCUGCCAUCGUCCCUGCUGUCAUGGCCGGAUGCAGUGGUGCCGCCCCUUACCAGGGAACUUGCGCGAAGUGCGCUGGCGAAUGCCACAAAAACUUUGGCGGACCUGACCGCAUGUCUUCCCUCCAGCGCGCUGGCUGCCAGACCAACUGCCUGUUGCACUGCAACGACUGCAACUAG